CAGACAUCUCCCAUGAGUCCCUGGGGAGCAGCCAGUGCCUCCUGGAGUACCUCCUGAGACGCCUGCAGAGCAGCUCCGGCCACGUGAAGCUCAAGGUGCUGAAGAUUCUGCUCUACCUGUGUGGCCAUGGCUCCCUCUCCUUCCUGCGCAUCCUGCAGCGCAACUCGGCCUUCAUCCAGGAGGUCACAGUCUUUGCUGGGCCCCCCGACCCUCUUCACGGGAACAGCUUGUACCAGAAGGUGCGAGUGGCUGCCCAGGACUUGGGCAGCGCCCUUUUCUCGGACGCCGUGUCACCGCUGCCUGCCCCCCGGGCCCCUAGGCCGCUACCUCCCACUGGCAUGGGCUCCCAGCCCCGGCCCCACGGCACUCUUCGGGGCUUUGGCUACAGCCAAGAGAGGGGCCACACAGGCUCUGCGGGCGGGGCCUUCCUCUCUAGUGUCCAGAAGGCUGCUGAGGUGGUGGCGAACGCCAUGCGUCCCGGGCAUGAGCAGCCUGGUGCCCAGAAGUCCGCCCCGGGAGGUGACACCUACCAGCCCGCUGUGACGCUAUCAGCCAGCUAUGGCUACUCCCUUCCUGGAAGGCUGCUCCCUGGGGCUGGCCCGGGCCCCCGAGCUGUGAGACACCAGCCGGGGCAGCCCGGGGGUGGCUGGGAGGAGCUGGACAGCAGCCCCAGCUCCCGGGGGUCUUCCCAGGAGAACAGUGGCCAGAGCAGGGCCUCGGACUCUGGCAGUGGCUGUGUCAGCGACGGCCGCUCAGGGGCCAGCCGGGAGCCUGGCGACCUGGCAGAGAGGGUCGAGGCUGUGGCCCUGAGUGACUGCCAGCAGGAGGCGAGCCUGGUGAAGGCCGUGACACAGGGGUCACGCGCCUUCCUGAGCCGAGAGGAGAUCCAGCACUUCCUCAAGGAGUGUGGGCGGCUCAACUGCGAAGCCGUGCUGGAGCUGCUGACCCGCCACCUGGACGGGGCCCGAGAGCGCGAGCAGCUGAGAGCCCUGUGCGCCCUGUCUGCCCUGGGCACCGCCGACCUGCUGUCCCAGGAGCACUUGCUCCUCCUGGCCCGGCCGCAGCUUCAGGAGCUCAGUGGGGGCAGCCCUGGGCCUGUGACCAGCAAGGCCACCAAGAUCCUGAGGCACUUUGAAGCCUCCUGCCUGCACCAGCCCCCUCCUCAGAGGCUUCUGGCUGAGCCUGGCCCCACCAUGCCUGAGAACGCCCGAACUUGCCCUCCCGACCUGCUGACGGACGCCUCGCCUUUUUCGGGUGGCCAGCCGUCCCUGCGGCCUCUGAGUCCGUCCCUGCUCCUACCUGAGGGCACUGCUCCUCCAGGGGGGCUACAGCCCAGCCCUGCACCCACCCCAGCCCCCGGGGACACACGUCCCACCUGGGAGAGUGCUAGGGACACUGAGACAGGCCUGGCAGUUUCCCAGGGGCUGGGAACCAGGUCUGGCAUCCCAGAGGGGGGUCCAGAGCUUGACCCGGGCCCCGCAGGCUGCCUGUGGGUGCCAGUGGCUGGUGGCAGCAACUCCUUAUUCGCAGGGAUGGAGCUACUGGUCUGCCCCCGCCCGGUGAGGGCCAGGGCUUCAGCCAAGGAGCCCCUCCUGCCCCGCUUCGCUCCCAAGGCGCCCCGGACAUUGUCCCCGAGGGCAGCAGCCCAAGCGCCUCUGGCCUCAGAGCUGUCGGCCUUUGCGUUCUUGAACGUCUGACGGCUGUCUGCCCUGACCGCCCACCCCUGGGGUCUCCUGUCCCGGGCCAGCCUGUGCACACUGAGGAGCAGUCCCCUUUGGUGAUGGCCCACCCUUUGCCCACCCAGCGCCUCCCGCAGAGCGAGCACCAUCCUGAGCAGAACCAGAGGGGAACGUCCCCAAUAAAACCCCAGAUGGUGCCCUUGUCAUGCUGCAAACCACCCAGAGCUAGACAGGCAGCCUGGCUUCCUGCGGGGGGUGCUGUACAUCCUGAUGGCUCCACGGUGGCACUCCGUGAUGCUGAGUCAGGGGCUGUCCCUCUUCCUGCUGGGGGCUGAGGCGCAGGCCCCAGGACUCCCAGGGGUGCCAGGUACAGAGCUGUGCCCUCUGAAGGCAGGUGGUGGGAGCUGAUGCUGGUGUCACACCGUCCCCCGGCCCCACCGAGAGACACUGCCAGUCUCGUCUGCACGUCGUGUGUCCUUGGUACCUUCUCCGACCAGAGCACCAGAGAGGGGUGGUGCCAGCAGCCGCUGCAUGGGGCAGGGGGGCGGGGACACGAGAGGGUGCUGUGGCAGCGCAGGCUGAGGGUGGGCGAUGUCCUGGGGCCACUUCUUCAAGUCGUCAAGGCCCCACCCCAUUUCUCGCUGGUGGGCUGGGCCAGGAGCCAGCGUCUCCAUGUGGGGAGGGGCCGGGAGGAGGCCAGGAGGGCUUAGCAGCUCAGUUCCAGGUGAUGUGGAAUGAGACAAGGCCCCAGGGCUGCCUCCUCUCCCCAUCUCCUUAUCCUUCGUUGGCUGCUUGGGUGCGAAGUCUUGCAGUGGUGGGGGACGGGUGGCAGUCCUUGGAAAGCUGACCGCUGUUAACCCUCUGUUGUUACUGGGGUGGGGGGCCCUGCAGCCUUGCCCGAGGAGAAACCUGUUUCUGGUGUGGAUUUGGAAGCAGUUACUGUGUUCUUCCUUUGCGUGGUGGUUUUGAGCUGAGGUCCCUUUUUCCCCCAGCAAGGCCAUGAGCAGCCUCAGAGCCCCACCUGCUUGCUCUUGUCAGGUGGGGUGGGGUGAGGUGCUGGGAAGCGGGUUCUGUGCAUGGGGCCUGAGAAGUCUGGCCUGUGGCUGUUAGAUGUGUCAUUCCCUGUUGGAGCCAUCUCCGCUCACUCGGCCAUGAUGGCUUUCCUGAGUCGCGGGGAUGGGCCUUGAAGGACAUGUCCAGCCUGUCUCAGAAAUGCCCUGGGAGGCCUCUGGGAUCUGCACUUCCUAAAUAAACUGUGUUUACACAGGGCUAGAACCAUUUUCUCCUCUCUUCCCACUUUUUUAAAUUCAUUCCUAGGUGUUUACCCCAGAAAAAUGAAAACUGAUACACAAAAGCUUACAAGAGAAUGUUUAUAGCAACUUUGUUAAUAAUUGCCCCAAGUGGGAACCCCCACGCUCUUCCACUGAUGGAGACAAAGUGGUGCGUUGAUACUGUGGGAUACUGUGAAGCCAGGAGAGAACCACAUGGAGGACUCAAAAUGCCAAGUGGAAGAAGCUGGACUUAAAGGCUGCUGUCUUAGCUGGGUUCUCUAGAGAAGCAAAACCAGCAAAGGGUAUAAAUAUAUAUAGAGAGAGAAUUAUAUCAAGGAAACAGCUCACGGGAUUGUAGAGGCUAGAAC